AUGAAGUCACACUUCCUCCUUGCGCUCUGCAGCGCAUCGUCUCUUGUUGCGGCCCUCGGUCAGAAACCUGUCGUCUCUUUUCAAGGUUCAGAUGGGGACUUGCAAAUAGCUGGAGGGCCUGUAUCCGCCGGUCAGAUCCUGGUAUCAGACAACGACUACUGGGGCGUCAUCCGAGCAGCUGGGGACCUGGCUGCCGACUUUGGCAAGGUCACAGGCACCAACUACACACUGAGCACCGGUACCCGAACCUCGAACUCUACAUAUACCAAUGGUACCAGCAGUGCUUCCGCCGCCUUGUACUCGUUCAACCCCGUGAACAACAAGAACAACACAGUCGGGCCGAGUUACUCGGACCCGGAUCUAUCGUCUGUGGUCAUCAUUGCUGGCACCGUUGGAAACAGCACUCUGAUCGACGCCCUCGUUUCGUCGGGCGCGAUAGACGUGUCCGAGAUCGAAGGAAAAUGGGAAUCGUUCACGUCCCAGCUGGUAUCAAACCCGACUGAUGGCGUAGCUCAAGCCCUGGUCAUCGCAGGCAGCGAUCCUCGUGGCACCAUAUUCGGAGUCUACGACGUCUCCGAGCAGAUCGGCGUGUCUCCGUGGUACUUCUGGGCCGACACACCCGUCCGCCAGACCGCAGACAUCUUCGUCCCCGCCAACCUCACCAAGGUCCAGGGCCCGCCCUCGGUCAAGUACCGCGGCAUCUUCCUGAACGAUGAGCAGCCGGGCCUGACCAACUGGGUGACGACCAACUUCGCCGACGCCGAGAACGGGGCGGCGGGCUACGGGCCCGACUUCUACGCCCACGUGCUCGAGCUGAUCCUCCGCCUGCGGGCCAACUACCUGUGGCCGACGGUGUGGGCGUCCAUGUACGAGGUCGACUUCCCGCAGAACCAGCCGCUCGCGGACGCGUACGAGGUCGUCCUGGGCAGCUCGCACACGGAGCCGCUGAUGCGCGCGCAGAACGAGUUCCAGAACUUCUACCCGGGCGCCUGGGCGUACGACCUCAACAACGCCACCAUCGACGAGUACUUCCGCUACGGCGUGGCGCGGGCGGAGCCGUACGCGCGCAACUCGCUGUUCACGAUGGGCAUGCGCGGCACGGGCGACACGGCCAUCGAGGGCCUGGGCGUCGACAAGAUCGUCGCGAUGCUCGAGACGCUGGUGCACAACCAGCAGGAGAUCAUCAGCGAGGGCCUGGGCGGGGUUAAUAUCUCCACUGUGCCGCAGAUGUGGUGCCUGUACAAGGAGGUCCAGACGUACAUCUUCGACGGGUUGUCGGUGCCGGAUGAUAUCACGCUGUUGUGGGCGGACGACAACUGGGGCAAUAUCAGGAGGUUCCCGCUUGCGAACGAGACUGGCCGAGCUGGCGGUGCUGGCGUGUACUACCAUUUCGACUACGUCGGUGACCCAAGGAACUACAAGUGGGUCAACACGGUCAAGUUGGCCAAGACCGCAGAGCAAAUGCACAUGGCCUACGCGCGUGGCGCCGAUCGUAUCUGGAUCGUCAACGUCGGUGACCUGAAGCCCGUUGAGAUCCCAAUCAGCCACUUCCUGGACAUGGCCUACGACGCGGAGACCUGGGAUGUCGACAGCACUUCGGACUGGGCCACAGCCUGGGUAGCGCGCGAGUUCGGCCCGGACCUGGCGGCAAACAUCUCGUCCCUGAUGACACACUACGGCACGAUGGCGAACCGCCGCAAGUUCGAGCUGAUCGAGCCCCAGUCGUACAGCGUCAUCAACUACAACGAGGGUGACGCGCUGCUCGCGGAGUGGGCUGAGAUCCAGUCCGAGGCCGAGGCUGUGUACGAUGCUUUGGACGAGAGCGCGCAGCCGGCGUUCUUCCAGAUGGUGCUCCACCCGAUCAUGGGAGGAAACAUUGUGAACCAGAUCUACAUCGGGUCGGCGAAGAAUAUGUUGUACGCUGGCCAGAAGCGCAACUCAGCAAACCCUACGAUGAUGGAUGUCUUCAAGCUCAGUGAUGCCGAUUCUGACUUGACGGAUAGAUGGGAUGAUAUGCUAGACGGGAAAUGGGCGCAUAUGAUGGACCAAACUCAUCUCGGCUAUGACGGAUACUGGCAGCAGCCCAUGCGAAAUACCCUGCCCGCGAUGAGCUACGUCCAGACUCAACGUGUGUCACUCGCUGGACACGUCGGCAUCGGAGUCGAGGGCUCCAACGGCACGGUCCAAGGCGACGACAAGUACCACACCAACAGCGGCAACAGCCUCGCCGUCCCACCGCUGGAGCCAUACGGCGCUGCCACCCGGUACUUCGAGGUCUUCUCCCGCGGCACAGAAAGCUGCACGUGGACUGCGUCGCCCUGGGCCCCCUACGUGAAGCUCUCUCAAGAUACUGGCGUCGUCGGCCCCGAUGGUGGUGACACCCGGGUUUACAUCACGGUUGACUGGGCCAGUGCCCCUGCUGCGCCAAAUGUGACGACUGUGAACAUCAACGUCACCAACUCGUGCCCUUCGCUCGGCAAGUACGGGUACAAGGAUCCAAUCAUCCAGGUGCCCGUGUACAACCGCCUGCCCCCGUCGAACUUCUCCGAGGGCUUCAUCGAGUCCGACGGGCACGUCGCCAUCGACGCGCCAAACUACCAGGCCAUCGUGCCAGGGUCCGGCUCAGCAACCACGAUCGACGGGUCCGCCGCGGAGAACGUGACCUACCACACGUUCAAGGGCAUCGGCCGCACGGGCGACGGCGUCGGCCUCGUGCCCCAGGACCUGGAGAAGCUGUCCACCGACGCGGCCCCGGCCCUCGAGUACCAGCUGUACCUGUUCAGCAACUCGUCCAAGGCCAACGUCACCGUCUGGAUCUCGCCGUCCCACAACUACCUCGGCGACGGAACCCCGCUUCAGUACGCCAUCGACCUGUCUCCGGCCGGAUCGGCUGCGCCAACGAAUUUGACGGUGGUGUCGCCCGUUGGUCCCACUGUUGGUCAGAACCUGCCUGCGGGCUGGGGAUAUGCCGUCGCGGAUGGCGUCUGGGGCAAGACGGGCAACUACACCACCAGCUCCUUCAAAGUGCCGCAGGAGGGUGCGUACACCUUGCGCAUCUGGGCUCUGAUGCCUAGCAUAAUAGUACAGAAGGUGGUCGUUGAUUUGGGAGGUGUGAGGCCCAGCUACCUCGGCCCGCCGGAGAGCUUCCUUCUGGGACGGGAUGAGCUCGCUGCUGCACCAUCGUUCAACUACGACGGCGUGCGGAAUGACCUGGCCAUGCUCAUCGCAAACUCUGAGAUCUACCAACAACAAUGGAAUGUUCCAGGACGUCACAAGUUUCGACGGUUCUUCUGGCGUCGCGAUUUGAAUGGACUCAGUCCCGUCUGUCCAGAGACUCGCGACGUCUAUCUCAACCUCGUCGAGCAUGUUGAGCAGAGUCGAUUGACGAUAAAGAAAGGAGUCCAUGUUAAUGACUCUUUCGACAUCUUCCACUUCUCUACUCGAACUCCCCUCAGAUACGUGACAGCUUUCCUCUUGAACAUGCGACCGCGAUUGCGCCCAACCAACCUCGCCAUCAAUCUUGAUCUUGAUACUAUAUAUAUCAAUUUCUCUAUUGUCACGACCAUCAAAGGCAUGGAAGCUCACCAACAGUUUCCGAGCUGGCUUUUGAAGGCCAUUGAGUGGGGUCGAGAGGCGAAGGAAGGGCACAACAACAGCCCAACAACAAGUUUGACCCCUUCGAUCGAUGAUGUGAUGAUCGAUCUACAAGACCUGCAAGCUGUUUUUCUACUCGACAACGGCAUCAAGCUUCGACAGAAUAAUCAGGAGAACGCCAAUGAACAAACCGCAACAAGCCCAGAGUCGAGCCGCGGACCAGCCCUUGCCGAUCCACUUCCCUUGGCCCACCAGUACAACGUCCUCGCACAUGGCAUGCAGGAAAACUUCUACGGGCUCAGCCCGGGGAACAAGGAGGUCAUGAAGAACUGGGAUGUGCCAGCAUAUGUAUGGCCGGUAUUGGAGACAACCAAGAAGUUGAUCGGGGCUUCUGAUGACUGGAAGGUCAACAUCUAUUUGAUGGCCAAAAUCAGCAAGAAAACCUGUUGA